AUGUUUGGGUUCCAAUUUGGAAAGGAAGGAAUCGAUGAAAAACUCUCACAGCAAGAAGCGCCAAGUGUCACCGUCGGAAGAUGUGGAGAAGUGAAACAAAUUUCAGUUCGAUCUAACUUUAAUCCUUUGGCUCUUUUCAGCCCAAAGAGUAUGACAAAUGAACAAGGUAAAGCAAAUGUUCGAUUCAAGCUUCCUGAUAAUCUCACCAAGUAUAGAAUCACGGCAGAUGCCUUAAAAGGACAAUGCAAAUUUGGUAUUCAUGAAUCAUCCAUGGUUGCUCAACUUCCAUUAGCAAUUCGACCAUCUCUUCCAAGAUUCUUAAACUUUGGUGAUCGAGCUGAAUUUAGUUGUGUUUUACAAAGUCAAGUUCCAAUGAACCUUGAAGUGAAUGCAGUCAUCAAUUUCACAAAUUUGAAACUCUUGGACUCCACAAAGAAGGGAUUAAAAAUCAAACUACCUGCCAUGGGAAGAGUUGAAUUGAGAUUUCCAAUGUGCACAGAAAGUGCUGGUAUUGCCAGAUUUCAAAUUGGUGUCUCCAUUGCCACAUCUGGUAUUAAUUUUGCAGAUAUGAAUAUCCAUUUGAGUGUUGUGAACAAAUUGCAAGCAAAGUGCUUUCCGUGGUGGCCCUUAAAGAUAUUUUACUUGAAUUUAAUGUUCCAGAAUUACGAAUCAAGGAAGCGAUCGAAAGAACUAUCAAUAGUUGUAUUUCUUCGCUUGCUUCAAGACAAUAUUUAG